CCAGAUGCCGGAGCGGGAGGCGGCGCCGGAGGAGCCUCACAGGCCGUGGCCUCAGCCUGAAGGUGGGGACAGUGAGGGCCCGCUGAAUGUGGAGCGGCUGCUCCUUACCGUCUAUCUCACCCACCUGCUUUACUUUUACUACGUGUUUGCUAUACUUUAUCUGUGCUGAUUCUGACAUCAGUAAUGACCGACCAGUCCGCUCUGCUCCUCAGGAAACAGCUGGCAGAACUAAACAAGAAUCCAGUGGAUGGAUUUUCUGCCGGAUUAAUAGAUGAUGACGACAUAUACCGAUGGGAAGUUGUUAUCAUUGGCCCACCAGAUACUCUUUUUGAGGGUGGAUUCUUCAAAGCUCACCUGACUUUUCCCAAUGACUAUCCUUUGCGGCCUCCAAAGAUGAAUUUCAUCACAGAAAUCUGGCAUCCAAAUGUUGGCAAGAAUGGUGAUGUAUGCAUUUCAAUCCUGCAUGAGCCUGGUGAGGAUAAAUUUGGCUAUGAGAAGCCGGAGGAACGUUGGCUACCCAUUCACACUGUCGAAACUAUUCUCAUCAGCGUCAUCUCUAUGCUUGCCGAUCCCAACAGUGACUCACCUGCUAAUGUUGAUGCUGCAAAAGAAUGGCGAGAUGAUCCUUAUGGUGAAUUCAAGAAAAAAGUUGCUCGGUGUGUAAGAAAAAGUCAAGAAAUGGCAUUUGAGUAAAUUCUUCUUCCAACUUUGUGGAGUCAUGAGAGAGAACGUACCUCUCUUCUCACAAUCGCUGCCCAUUACACAAUGGAUGGUAGCCUGCAGCUCAGAAUUGUACGCGAAUACGCUCGGAUACAAAAAAAAGCCCUCUCCCCAGAGAAAUGCCCACUCAGAAGAACUGUGACCCUGCAACUGACAUCAACAAAAAAAGUUCAAUAUACCUUAAGUUUCAUCUGUUAUUUUCUACUCUUGCCAUGAAUUAUUUUUAUAUGUUUAAGUAUAUUUUGGACUGCUGGGGAAUCUGUUGUGUUAAGUGAGGCUUGUCUUUGUACUUCUUAAGAUUGCUGCUGUGUUUGCCUAAAAGUAAUUCACUGAAUCAUUAUAUCGCAUUAUGCAAAAAAAAAUCAUCUGGAUACAGUAAUGGUUCAGGGCUCAGGGCAAUUAGUGAUGAUGCAAAUUACCUUCCAAGUUCUCCUUUAAGCCAUUUUAUUGCUGUAGCAGUUUCAGGAAGUGCAGAGGUAGUUGACAUUACUGCAUUUGCCAUAUAUUUGAAAAUUAUAUGCAAGACCUAUUUUUGCUUUAUGUAUAUAUUUAGAAUAUAAUAAGGAGACAGAUGGGAUGUUAAUAGCUAUGUUUCUUGCUAAAAAUAUGAUGGUAAAACUAUUCAUCUUUAACUCUUACAUUAUUUCCAUAUUUGUUCUGAGCCUAAUAAACCAAAUUAAUUGUAGAAAUGGUUUGUGUCACUAAUAGUUCUGUCUGUCAAAAUCAUAAAAGCAUGAAUAUAACAAGGCAGACAAAACGAGUGGCAAAUGCAGUUAUAAAAACUCCAAGAUUAAUUUGGAAUUUCAGUAUUUUAAAAUACAAAUCGAUUUUGAUUCAAAUGGAAAACUAAUCCAAAAUGAAUUGAAUUUUGAAAUUAAAAUUAAUUAUAUAUUUUUAAACAGAUUGGAUUUAUUUUAAAACUGAGGAAUAUUAGAUAGAGCUACAGAGUUUUUUUUUCCUCACUUGCAGUGUGCCAGCUUAGUAAAAUGCUCUUUCAAAUUUGAUGGUUUUUGGAUUUUAAAUUUGAACUCCUAUAGUCUACCUUUUCAGAGCACCAACUGAGACAGCAGUGUCCUGAAUGGAUCUUUAAAUGUAAGGCUGAUCUGAAAAACCAAUUACAUAUUUAUAGUGCAACAGGACAUUUGACUCAAGUGGUGAAUAGCAGUGUUUUCCAUUGCUAGCUCAACUGGACUUCUGAGAUUGCAUAUUAUUUGGAGAGGCAGUCUAGCUAUUAUUCCUCUCUAAUCAAACACUGCAGUUACGUUGAACAACGUUUAUUAGUAUUUGAAACUGUGCUUAUGCAAAGUAGGCUCCCUUGUCAGUUAUACCAUUUGUCAAUUUUUAUUUGUGCAUUCAUUAAUGAAUGUUCAACUUCUCUGUGUACACUUACUUUAAUCUUAAUAUUUCUGAUGAGGGAACUGCCUUUAUCCUAGAAACUUUUCUACUCGUAGAAAAGGUUCAAGCUAUUCUGGAAAAUGUUAUCUGUUUCCAAAUUAUUGAUAUUUUUCAACAGUAAAACAGAAUUCACUCUUGAUCCUAAUGUUUCUCCUCAUAAUUAUUCUCCCACCACUCCUGUGUUCUCUUGUGUGUUCUGACACUUUGACAUCAAUUCUUAAAGCAGUCUUCAACACCCGAAAAACUCCAUGGCAAGACCAACUUAAUCAAAUGUAUUAUACCACAUUUCUCUGCUCUCCACUGCUACCAUAAAACACUAUUGGUCUUGUCUCAAUCUGUCUAGAGUCAUUUUGAUUAUUGAACUGAAACCUUGUGGCACUACUCAUCCAGUGAAUGUGAAUUUUUGACUUUCCAAAAUGUUAGUUUCAUCUCGCAACAGUGAAUUGCGUCUAGCACAAUAACUCUUUUUUUUGAGUCCUAAAAUUAAAGUGUAUAGAUGCUGGAAAUACAAGUUUGUGCAAUAUUUUGACAUUGUUUCUAGUUGACUGACUUUUCAAAAUGUAUCUAGCAAUGAAACCUGAAUCCAACUGAUAUUAUUACUGGAACUCAGUUUCCUGACCAUGGUCUGCUACGUGCUGCUGCAUUUCCAAUUGUACUUCUCUAUUUUUCUAAAAGCAGGCCUUUUGAAAACUCUCAUGCUGCACCCACUUCAUUUUUACCUAAUUGCCUUACAUAAAAAAACGUCAAGUUGGACAUGACUAUUUAGUGAAUCUGUUGUCUGUCCUUGUUUGAUUCAGCCACUUCCAAAUGCUUUUUAAAAUUUGACCCUGAACUAAGGAUUCUAAGAGGUAUCAGGCUGUCCUUGGUUAACUGAUUUAUUUUCUGUCCUUGAACUUUGAAUUGAGCCCAGAGCUUUCUUUUGUACUACUACCUUGCGUACAGCAGGGAGUAUUCUAUUUCCUCUAUGCAUUCUUUCCUACCAUUUGUGGACUCUGCUAUUUAUCUCCUCUAUAUAAUUUUUAACCUGAGUUUUUUUCAUGUUAUCUAUUUAAGAAAUCUUAUUUUUAGAUUUGAAAGCAGUGACCAAAUGAGUGGGACAUGGUUAACCAAGGUAGUUGUGAUGUAUUAAAGAAUACUUCUAUUAGGUAAAAUCUUCUAGCGAUAAGUUUUAUCGCAGGACAUUGAAAAGAUGGUUAAGAUUACUUCAAAUUACAAUGUAUAAACUAUCGUGAAUUUACUCAGUACCAAUAGCAGCAGGUAGUCUACAAAUCAGAACUAGUCAUUACUUCCAACAAUGCCUUAUUAUUGUAGUCUUAUUAAUCUUAUAGCAGCCAGGAUUUUUUUUAGAAUAAUCCUAUGGGAGAGUGUUUGCCCAUGGAUUAAAAAUGCCAAGAUUAAGCUAAGCAUACAUUUGGAAGAACAUUUGGUACAUUGAGAGACAAUAGAUAGGAUCACCACCAAUUUCAGUUAAUCAUGCAUUUCUCCUCCUCCUGUUGAUCAGUGCCUUUAGUUUAACAGACCAACUGUUGAGAUCUCCCUCCCCAAAACCAGUCACAGCCCUCAAGAUCUUUAAACCUCACCUUUUUGGCCGAACAUUUUGGUUAUUUCUCCUUUCACAUGCUCUUUAUCUUCAGUACAUAAAUUAAGUACCUUGAGAUAUUUUCCAUAUUAAAAAUUCAUCAUAAUGCAAGUUCAUUAUUUUUAUUCUAUUCCAGCGGGAUUAAAGUGUAAGGAUUAUGCUUAUAUUUGCUCAAAUAAAAUGGGUACAUUUAAUUAAGUCUUAAAAGUUAAAUUUACAAAGCCAGCUCCGGUUUAUAUUUUUUUAAAAAAUGCAUCUACAUGCAGCAAAUGUAUUUACAAUUAUCAAGUGUAAGGGACUAAAGUGACUGUUACUCUGGACACUCGUGCAUGUAACCUUAUGAAAUUUACCUGGAUAAUGAGGAAUAAAGCUUUUGUUGCAAGGACUGCUGUAUGUAAGCAUUUACUUAUCGGUAUUAGCGAGAGCUCUCCAAUUAUUAUUGGCUAGCCAGUUGCAUUUUAAUCACAUGGGUUCCUACGAAUUUGUUUAAUACAUACAGCCAGUUUAUCCUCAUGGUUCAGCUGAACAUGACUGGCUUCAACUCCACUUUGCCUGAAUUCCAUAACCCUCUAUUUCCCUUAUAAUUCAAACCACCUUAACUCUCAGGAAAAUAUUAAAUGGAUUUCAUCCUAAGACCAUGCUCUUCUUGAUUGCCCCUACCAAGAAACCAACUUCAUUUACCCUGUCAAGCCAACUGAAAAUUGGCAGAAAAUAUAGGCCAAAUAUUCUUCAUAGGUCAAUCACAUCAUUCUGGAAGUCCACCCAGUGAAUCUCUGCUGUGAUGCCUUCGUGGCAAGUAUAUCCUUUCUUAAAUGAGACAAAACAAAUUUCAAGUCUUACACUUUUAGCAACUUCGCUACUUACUCCAACCUGUUUGCAAUAAGAGCAACUUUCUAAGAGUGUACCUAUAUGUCAAUAGUUUUUCUGUAUAAAGGUUUGUAGGUACUCUGAUCACCAAGUCUUACACUUCCAUAUUCUGCUUUUCGAUUCUUCCUACCAAGGUCGGGUUUGGAGUUGUGUCUUGUUUUGUGGCAGCAAUACAGUGAAGGCAUAACAAAUUACUAAAAGUUACAAUUUCAAUAAAUAGUGCAAAAGGAAUAAUUAGGUAGUGUUCAUGGACCGUUCAAAAAUCUGAUGGCGAAGGAGUAGAAGCUAUUCCUGAAACAAUGAGUGUGCAUCUUCGGGCUCCUGUACCUCCUCCCUGAUGGUGGUAACGAGAUGAGGGCAUGUCCCAAACAAAAUCACUAACUUCCUCAGGUUAUAUCACUCCUUGGUCCAUUGUGCAGAACUCAUUUGCCGUCUGUCUCCUGAUUUUAACUUCUUUGUAUCAUCAGCAAACCAGGCUACAAAAUACUUAGUCCAUUCAUUCAAGUCAUGUAGUUGUAAGUAGCUAUGGCCAGAAUAUUAAUUCCUGUGGCAACCCAAUAGCCACAGCUUGUCAUUUUGAAAUUGACCCAUGUUUCAGUACGCUGUAUUGUCACCUACCCAAUCCUCUUAUUAAUGUUAAUACCUAACCUUAUAUUACCAUGAACCUUUGUGCAGUAAUGUUUUAUGUAACAACUUACUAAGUAUAAAUGUACCACAUUGACUGGUUUCCUUCUGUUCAUGGUGAUUA